CAAGAACAGCUGAUUGGUGUCUAAAAAGAAGAAGACAAUUAGUCAUCAAACAAAAAUCCUAAAACGAAAUUAACUGGAAAGUCCGUAAAUUUUCGAUCAAGUUUUGUUUUUAAAGUUUGAAAACAAAUUAAAAUGAAUCGCCUUUUUGGUCGUGGAAAGCCCAAGGAACCGGGUCCAAGUCUAAACGACUGCAUAGCAGGGGUAGAUGCCCGUGCCACAAACAUCGAGGAGAAGAUCAAUAAAUUAGAGGCGGAACUGCGCAAAUAUCGCGAACAAAUGUCCAAGAUGCGGGAUGGACCUGCAAAGAACUCUGUAAAGCAAAAGGCUCUUAGGGUGCUCAAACAAAAGAAGGCCUACGAACAGCAGGCAGAAUCUCUGCGCAACCAGUCGUUCAACAUGGAACAGGCCAACUAUGCGGCGCAAUCCUUGAAGGAUACUCAGGCCACAGUUGCGGCAAUGAAGGACGGUGUCAAGCAGAUGAAGACCGAGUACAAGAAGAUCAACAUCGAUCAAAUCGAGGACAUCCAAGACGACAUGGCCGAUAUGUUCGAACAGGCGGACGAAGUGCAAGAGGCACUGGGUCGAACCUACGGAAUGCCCGAAGUGGAUGACGACGACCUGCAGGCCGAGUUGGAUGCCCUGGGUGACGAGAUUGCCCUGGACGAUGACACCAGCUAUUUGGAUGACGUGGUCAAGGCUCCAGAGGCGCCGAGUCGAGAGCCAGGAGCCGAUAGCAUCGUGCCUGGAAAGAGCACUAUUGAAACGGAUGAAUUUGGCUUGCCCAAGAUUCCCACUUCGCUGAAGACCACAUAGGCAAGGAGCUGCCAGCUCUCAGGUUUCCAUUCUGCAUCCUUUGUUGAACUUUGGGCACGCUUUGUAUAUUUUAUAUGUGUAAUGGAGCCAUCAAAGAUUUCCUCUCAAACCACACUUUUGUACCCAUUUUGUUUUUUUCAAUAAAUAGCCGGUUAAAAAAUCGCGCAACAUUAAUAUAUA